AUGUGGAACCAACAGCCCGCGUCGGGCGCUACGCCAUCAGCAGCGGGAGGCAGUGGUGCCGGUAGCUACACCACCAUGGCUCACACAUCCGGCUCGUUCGCAGCGCAUGCACGCUCCAACAGCAUCGCAAACAGCCCCUCGGCACAUCGACGCGUCGGAUCCAUGGCGCCAAUUCAGCAUGCAUCGCCUUCCACCACUCCUGCAUCCUCCCGCCUUCACUCCAACACCCCCUUCCCCGGCACCGUCGCCGCGCCUCGCUCUGCCAUGCCUCCGGCAAGCGCAUCAGCACACCUCAGGUCGAUGCAGUACCUCUCGCGCCUCACAGAGCGUACACCAGCAUCACUCGUAAAGCUGCCCUUUCCAUCAAACACCACGGUCCAUUGGCUACGCCUGCGGAAGCCCGACUCUGACCCGCCUCCCGAACUCGGUCAAGAUCACACUCAACCGGACGCCACGGCCCCCGCUGGAGCCACGUUCACCUCUACGAACCAGGGCCAAGACAGGGAUGCGGUAUGGACCAACGCAGUCCACGAGAUCCUCACCAACAGCAACAACUUCCAAGCUCUAUCUAAAAGCAUUCCCGAUGACGCCUUCGAGCGGCUCGUGCGCAGCACUCUCCUCUACACACACAUCCCUCGUCCUUCCACCGCGGAGAGCUUAGAUGGAACAGCGCCAGACUCGUCGAUCUACGCCACUGUCUCGGAUCUCUGGCUCUUUGCAGUCGCCAACGACGAUGACUACGAGCCGACGAGCAAGACAUCAUCCAUGGGCGCUCAAGCAGCCGCCGCCGCCACAAAUGCUGCUCAGACGCAGGACAUGGCGCAAUCGGCAGGAAUGGAUGCCACCACCCUCAACGUGCCCCAGCAGCAAGCCACAUCCACGACCCCCGCAGCCUCUUCUCUCCCCGCCGUGGCACGCUCACUACCCUCCGAAUCCGUCAAGGCGCUCGCGCGUCUCUUCGAUGUCGCCACCGUCGACUCGGGCUCCUACCUGCUCUCAACUGCAUGUCCUAGCUCCAAAGACAACAAAGGAAAGCAGUCUGUCUUGACAUCACAGCAGCAGCAAGCGCAUUGCCGCUUCAUGGCAACGCUCAGGACGAGGGCAAUCAGUGUGUUUGCACAUGAAUCAUCGCCACGCUCCUCAUCGUCACCAGCAGGCGAACCAGGAACGAGCGCUUCCCCAACGUUCAGACCCACGCUCCGUCGCCGCCUUCGUCUGGGUGAUUCGGUCGUCUUCCUACCACCGUCCGCAGACAUCGCCACUCUUUCAUCGCAGGCGCACGACAAGCCUGGAUCAUCCACUCGGCUCGGUGCGCCCACGGCUUCGACAGAUUUGCAUUGCCUUGCGGCAGAGCUGCGUCUCUCGCUGUGCCCGUCCUCUCUGCUCCUUCGCACCACCUCGCGUCGCCUUGCCGCGCUACCGCUGGCCAGCACCCCCAGAGGCCAGCUCGGAGCUCCGACACUCCCACCCGAAGCUCGCCCGCAGCUGCACCUGGCUCCGCUCGGACACAGGGCCGAACUCGUCCACGUGGUCUCAUCCGACAGCAUUGCCAGCGACCGUCUGUCUCAACUCAGGUCGCUCUUCGCAUCGCUCGAUCUCGGCAGCGGCAAUGGCAUGGGCGUUCAACCGGUCGAAGGGGAUCUGUUCGCCAGCGGAAUCGCGGUGUGCGCUCUGCCUCCUGCCCUGGCCGAGGCGCAUGCGUCAGCAGGGCAAGUAAGCCAUCCGCUCGAGCAGCCACAAGAAGCUUCCUUCGCCGCGUAUCCGCAUAUCCAGGCUAUUGACGAUGACAUGGGCCUAGAUCUACUCGACGCACCAGGCUUUGGCGAACAAAUCCAGCAGCAGCAGCGUAGCCCCGAAGACCGCCGCUUCUUAUGGCCCGUCUCGUUGUGCCUCGUUGCUCUCGACCCACGCAGGGCUGCCUGGAUCUCAUCCUGGCCCGGUGCAUCUGCCAACAACGAUCUGCACACCAUCCGCAGCGAACCCGUCACUCCGCUCAAAGAGCUCGUCUCCUUCACCCUCAAGGUGCUCAACGAUGCCAACGAGUCCGUCGCGGCUCAGAGCGCACCGCCCUUCACCCCUGGCGAACCCGACGACGCCUCGCUCACGCGCCAUCGCGGCGAGCGCCUCUCCUCCGCCCGUCCUGGCAUCACACCUGCCAGCAUGUCUUUCGCCGACUUUGACCUCGCCAUGCCUUCAGCUGCUUCAGCCACACCUUCGCAGUCGCUUCCUACCGUGCCACGGACCGACUCCCAAACGUCGCCGGAGAAACGAGACCACGCUUGUGCCGAAGCUGGCCCGAGCACCAAUGGUGCGGAGCAACAGUUCGCCGAUGAUCUCAGUUGGAUGGAGUUCCUGCCACAGGCUACUGGCGAGGUCCCUGGUGCUGCCGCUUCAGCAGCCGCAUUGCCGGCGUCUUCCGUCCCUGUUGGCUCUGCGCCGACUGUCGUCCCGCCAGCAUCGAGUGCCGUUCCUGCUGCUCAGGCUGCAGGUGAAGUCAAGGGCCUGGACCUGGAUCCUUCUGGUUCGAAUUGGGCCUUUGCGACCGGCCUCGAUGCUGGCGGCGACAAUGUCAACCAUUUGGAAGCCAAACAAGAUCCGGCGUCCCUAACAGCUCAAGCUGUGCUACAGCCGCAGGGACGCUUGCAUUCUUCCGGAUCGACGCCGUUUCAGGGCCAAGCUGCCACUCCGCUCAGCUUUGGGCAGACGCAGACGAAGCGCAAGGGCGAGGGCGAUAUCUUUGGAAACCUGGGAUUGCUGACUGAGGACGACUUUUCGUUCUUCGACGAGUCGGCCUUUGGUUUGGAGUCGCCGAGUGCCUUGCCCGGCGAGCAAGGGGCAAUACCGUCGCACCUCGAUCCUUCGGGUGUCUCGCAAGCCGAUGCGCCUGCCAAUGCUACGGCUCAUCAGCAUGGAUCGGGGCGCGGUGAGACGAGUGCAACGGAUCCGUCUGGUGGUGCCGCUGCGCAACCGACGUCCAUGUCAGCCACGUCCGCUGGCAUCGGCGAUGUGGAGAUGGAAGAUCUCGAGGCGACCAAUCUUGACGCGCUCUUCGGCGCCAUUCCAAACAUGCAGGACGUGAUGGGACCCGAGUCUUCGCAGGUGCAUGCGAGCGAGCCGCCGCCGCACGGUGCUGUCAGCGCCUCCGCAGCACCCUCGCUACUCGCUGCGAGCUCGUCACAAGCCUUGCCGCCGGUCACGGUCUCCUUUACGCCUCGGUCUGUCUCGGCAGCGACGCCCUUCGGCGAUCCGGCUUCUCUGCCGGGCUUCACGCCAAGCUCGCUGACGGAGAGCUCGCCGGCUUUUGGUCACGCUAAUCACAAGACGCCGCGCACUCCGUUUUCGCCGGUCGAGGAGUAUCGCGACGGCGCCACGAUCGUUGGCUCGGAAGCCGGCAACCAUCAUGCUGGCGAGUCGGCGCAACUGGACGGCCGAUACGCACAUCUUGCGCCGCAAGACCGGGCCAGCCUCCCAUCGGCGGCUGGAUCCAAGUUGGAGCCCCAGGACGAAGGAGGACAGCUGCGCUUGGGGGAUGCGAGCUCGGCGGCUGCAGCGGCGGCCAAUGCUGCCAUGUCGACCGACCCAAGCAACAAGAAGCGACAAGCCAUUGUGCCCAAUGCCUUUCUUCCACUGACGCAAUCGCAGGCACGCAAGCCGCUGCAGAGGCUUACGAUGGGGGCGCGCGCCAACCUCGGGCGCAAGUACGACUUGUUCGGCAAAUUCGCCUCGAGGCCAAAGAGCACGGCGGUGCUGCAUGCCCUACCGAACGCAGCCAAUGCACUCUCUCCGGAUCAGAAUGUGCUGGAUGACGGAAAGGAAUCGGCAACGUUUGCGUCGCGCUUUGCUCUGCGGCCGUCGCGAGCUUCGCCUCCGAAGGCGGUGGGUCGACGAGGCCAGGCGCUUCUGCAGCUGCGUCGCGACCGCAACAGCAAGAUGUCGCCGGGACAAGCUGUUGCGGCGGGUGGACGCCAGAGUGGUCAGCGUGGGCUCGAUGUGGCGUCCACCCCGAGGUCGAGCGACGACAUUGCGAUCGCGAGAAGGGCUAGCGUGUCCGAUAGCGACAGCUCGAGCAGCGAGGAUGACGACGAGGCGAGCGAUGAUGCGCACAGCGACUCGGACGUCACCGAGGUGACGCUCUCGCUGCAGGACCAGGAAAAGAUGAAGAGGUGCUCCAGGCACAUUGUUGCCUCGUACCUGUGUGGUGCCUCUAGCGCAUCGUCGGAAGUUGAGGCGACGGGCUCGCAUCAGCGCGCUGCGCUGCUCAACUCUGCCACUACCUCUUCUCCCAUGCUGUGGCCCGGCUCAGCGGCGACUGCAUCCUCGAUGCCACCAACGAUCAAGCGGUCCAUGCUCUCGAGGACUGCGCGCUGGUUGCUCGAAAACCCGCAGUUCCGAUCCAUGUUCAGCCGUGCAGUGGAUGUCGGAAGCGAAGUCUCGGAGAUUGCCACGCGCGAAAAGCUCGAGGUGCUUGCUGCCAUGGCCUCUGCGCUCCGAGUGUCCCAAGGAUGCGAGACCAAGCCAUCGACGCAGGGCGCCACUCAUUCUGACGGUUUUCUGGAGCAAGAGGCGCUUCCUACGCUGCAGGGCCUAGUUGUCAACGCGGCCUCGUCGGAUGCGAGUCAGGCCACCAAGGGCGACGUGGUGCAGGCGGAGGUGCUGGAACCGACGAGCAUCGCGGCGGGCUGUCAAGGCUCGGUGGUGUCGGCGCUGCCGUCGGCGUUGAGCCUCUGGGACAAGUCGAAGCUGUCGGCGGUCAGCGGGCACAAGCACGUUGUGGCGAAAGUGCUGCUGACACAUGCGUCUGCGGCGUGGCACGACGAGAUUGUGGCGUGGCUCGAGCGGCUGCGCGGUGCGUUUGAAGCGUAUGGUCUGGGCACGCACGCGGGCGGGAGUGGGUCGAUCCUAGCCAUGGCGGACGGGAGCGAGCCACUGGCGCUGUCGAGCUAUCUGGAGCGGUUAUGGCGCGACGGCGAGGCGUGGGUCGAUACGCUGCGUUCGAUCGCCAGCCGCGUCGAGAUGGACGUGCUCCAGGGUCGGCAUGUGGUGAUCUAUGCGCUGCAACCGCCCGCUUCGACGACGUGUGCGGCAUCGGGUUUCCGGGGGCUGUUGCAGCUCGAGGCGGAUCUGCGCGUGAUGCUUGCCGAGCAGGUCGGGGUGCUUGCGGAGCAUCUGAUCGUGCGUCCCAUUAGUCCGGCGAUGAUGACCGAGAGCGGAAGUCUCGGAUUCGGACAGCAGAGCGACUCGGUGCGAAGGCUGGCGUUUUCGGUGUACGACCAGCUGCCUCGACUGGUUCGACGACAGCCGGCCAAGGUGCUACAUGGCCGAGAAGCGGGUCCGAUCUCGGCGAUUGUGCAGUUUCCCGCCUUCAGCUUGGCGACGGAGCUGGGGAGGACGGACUUUUCGCUCAGCUGGCCAAGGGAGCCGACGACGGCACUGGACGACGCGCUCAUGCUGCACGUCAGCUACCGCGUCUGCGGCGAUGCGGGGCAGAAGAUGGUGGUGGUUAGCGCGAUUGAUGAGCGCGGGGGCUCGAGCGAUGUGGAUGUGCUGAUGGGCGAUGCGGAGGGCUGGAUCGACCAGGUGUGGCGGUAUGCGAUUGGCCAAGCGAGCCGUGCACGUCUCUCGUGGCGACUGGUCAUCUCGAGCACCGUGCCGAUGAGCUCACAGGAGCAGAGGGGAUGGCAAUCGUGCGUCGAAGCGUACUUUUCCCAGACGCAGGAUGGGAAGCUUGCGGUGGGGAGUGUAGUACUGCUGUGCGUGCGUCCGGACGAUGCCGGUGCGAUUCUUGCCGAUGUGGGCGCUCGCACCAGGCCGUCCACCGAAACAGCCCACGUCGACAAGAACAAUGCGGUGCUGAUGGACGCUGCCGAUUGUUCGCAAGUGUUGCAGUUCACUGAACCGCUCCCCCUCGACUGGACAACGUACGGAAGCACAGAGGAGAUGGCGAGCUCGACAGCCUCGGCGAUUCUCGUCCACAGACCGAGAAGUGAAGGUGGAAGGGAUGUGGCAAGUCAUGUACUUGCCGUUGACGUGCUGCAGACCUGGAGGGUGGAGGAGAAGGAAGAGGUGAUGCAGGACGUGCUCGAAUGUUUGCAUGCGCUCAGACUGGUGGCCGAGGAACGACACCAGAUCGCAGCGCCUCAUGGGCAGCCCUGGGGCAUAGCGGCGGUCAACAUGCUUGCGCAGUUGAUCGGACGUGCGGUUGUGGUUGACUAG